AUGUUGUUGCGGACCAGUGGAAUAAUCGGGAUGAAUUCUGUAAUGGAUGACAUGGCUUUGAUUCAGCAAAGCCAAAGACAUAACUUGGUUGUGAGAGAGCUUGGUGAGGAGAUUGAUUUAGAAAUUGGACCUGGGGAGGAUGACCCUUCAUUUGGUAACGCUACUUUAAUUGGUGCACCAAUGCGGGAAUCUUCCACAGAAGAACAUGGUGAGAGCAAGCAGAUGGGGAUGGUUUCUCAGCUUUCUAAUGAUGCUCAAGAUAUGUCCAAGAACCAACAGGUGAAAAGGAAGAAAAAGGUUGUUAAAAGAUGGAGAGAAGAAUGGGCAGACACCUAUAAAUGGGCUUUCGUUGACACGAAAGAUGGGACACAUAGGAUUUUCUGCUCUGUCUGCAGGGAGUAUGGCCGGAAACAUAGAAGAAAUCCAUAUGGGAAUGAGGGAAGUCGGAAUAUGCAAAUGAGUGCCCUGGAAGAACACAAUAAUAGUUUGCUUCACAAAGAGGCUCUUCGUCUUCAAAUGGCCUCCAAAGAUAAAAUUGUGGUCAACAAGCCUGUUUAUGUAAAAGUGGGAUCAAUACUUGAAGCUACGCUAAAAAGGGACCCUCAUGAGGUUGAAUUCAUUCAGUCAGUCCAGGAGGCAGUUCAAGCCCUUGAAAGAGUGAUAGCAAAAAAUUCUCGUUAUGUUAACAUCAUGGAGCGCUUGUUGGAACCUGAACGAAUGAUUGUUUUUCGAGUUUCAUGGGUGGAUGAUAGGGGUCAGACACAUGUAAAUCGGGGAUUUAGGGUACAAUUUAACCAGUCAAUGGGUCCAUGUAGGGGUGGUAUUCGUUUUCAUCCGUCAAUGAACUUAAGUAUUGCCAAGUUCCUUGGUUUUGAACAGACUUUAAAGAAUGCCUUAUCACCAUACAAAUUAGGAGGAGCAGCUGGAGGAAGUGAUUUUGAUCCCAAAGGAAAAAGUGAUAAUGAGAUUAUGAGAUUUUGCCAAAGUUUCAUGAGUGAGAUGUAUCGCUACCUGGGGCCUGACAAGGACCUUCCAUCAGAGGAAAUGGGUGUUGGUACUCGAGAAAUGGGGUAUCUUUUUGGACAGUAUAGACGUCUAGCUGGUCAUUUUCAGGUAAUAACAAAGAUGAGACCCAACAGCGUUGCAGGCAAAGAGCAUCUUGAUUUGUGGAAAACAUGUUCAUUUAUGGUAACUCACAUCUUGGAUGGCAGUUCUGGUGUUGUUUCUGGAAGUUUUACAGGGCCAAGGAUAUUUUGGUCUGGCUCCAGUCUUCGACCUGAAGCUACUGGCUAUGGACUGGUUUUCUUUGCCCAGCUCAUGCUUGCUGACAUGAAUAAAGAACUUAAAGGAUUAAGAUGUGUUGUGAGCGGCUCUGGAAAGAUUGCAAUGCAUGUUUUAGACAAGCUAAUUGCUUAUGGUGCUCUUCCCAUUUCAGUAUCAGAUUCCAGAGGGUAUUUGGUUGAUGAGGAUGGAUUUGACUACAUGAAAAUGUCAUUUCUAAGAGACAUCAAAGCUCAGCAAAGAAGCUUGCGAGACUAUUCAAAAACCUAUGCUCGGUCCAAAUAUUAUGAUGAAGCAAAACCGUGGAAUGAAAGGUGUGAUGUUGCAUUUGCUUGUGCUACACAUAAUGAAAUUGAUCAAUCUGAUGCCAUUAAUUUGGUUAAUUCAGGUUGUCGUAUACUAGUUGAAGGUUCAAACAUGCCUUGUACCCCUGAAGCAGUUCAGAUUUUCAGAAAAGCUAGUGUUCUCAUUGCUCCUGCAAUGGCUGCUGGUGCUGGAGGGGUUGUUGCUGGAGAACUUGAACUGAAUCAUGAAUGCAGUUUGAUGCACUGGUCACCGGAGGACUUUGAAUCUAAAUUGCAGGAAGCAAUGAAACAGACUUAUCAGAGAGCUAUCAAAGCUGCAACUGAUUUUGAUUAUCAAAAAGAAAGUCCUGAGGCUCUGGUGCAUGGAGCAGUCAUUUCUGCCUUUCUAACCAUUGCUCAAGCCAUGACUGAUCAAGGUUCUAUUUAG